AUGCCCGAAGACAUGGAUUGCCAAGCAGGACCUAAUCGCGACCAGUGUCUCUUGCGCCUCGGCAACGGUAAUCCGGCUGGAGAGUUCGGAGGUUGCUUCACAGUACGGCAGGUCGAUAAGGGCAACAGCGGCAGCAGCGGCAAUAAGGGCAACAAGGGUAACAACGGCAAUAAGGGCAACAAGGGUAACAACGGCAACAAGGCCAACCAGGCCAACAAGGCCAACAAGGCCAACAAGGCCCAGGGCAUCAAGAGUAACAACGACCAAACCAAGGGCGCCGGCGAGGCCCAGGGGGGCAAAGUUGCAAGGAAUAAGAACAAACUUAAGACUCGAGCUGACGUGCCGGACACGGGGAAAAUCGUUGCGGAGCAAGAGAGGAAUAAGGUCGCAUUGCAAGAAACUUUACGGCAGCUGAGAGAGCAGAAUGGGGUCGCCGGCAACGGCAACAAGGCCAACAAGGCCAACAAGGCCAACAAGGCCAACAAGGCCCAGGGCAUCGAGAGUAACAACGACCAAGCCAAGGACGCCGGCGAGACCCAGGGCGACGAGGGUAACAACGACCAAGCCAAGGGCGGCAAGGGUCAGGGCGACGAGGGUAACAACGACCAAGCCAAGGGCGGCAAGGGUCAGGGCGACGAGGGUAACAACGACCAAGCCAAGGGCGGCAAGGGUCAGGGCAAACGCGGAGGAGUUGGGCGGCAACGCAUGCGUCGCUAA